UUCCCUCGUUUCCAACCCCCCUCGUUACAGCUUGCUUGUUCUCAUCACCUACGAUUCCUCGUCGCCACCAGUCUUCCCUCGAUCGAUUGCUCCCUCUCCGAGGCCCGAAACUGAUGCAAAAUGGCAGCCCAUGGAGAUGACCUCGACCUCCUCCUCUCCCUCCGAGACGAGCGAGUGCUGGAGACCCCACCCGCGUCCCCCUCGUCCCGUCGUCCUCUUCCUCCUCAUCCCUCAGGGUACACUUCGGAUGACGGGUCCCCGAGAAGUUCUCGACCGGCCAACAUGUCGGUGUUCCGCGAUGCUGUCAAGGAUUACAUGGAUGAUAAUCCGGUAACGGUCGAAGCAGUUCCCCACAAAUCGACCAAGCCAAGGAGGUCAGACGAAGUCGAAGUCGAGAAGUUCUCAGGGCUCAGAAUUAGGAGUUCAUUGGUUUCCUCUGUUGAGCUUGCUAAUCGUUUCUCAGAUGUCCGUUUCGUUCGCAUGCCUACCAUCAGGAAUUUGCUUGCCGGUGAUACUCUCUCUGGAUGUUGGGCAACGGUUGGUGUCCUAACUGAAAACGGAGCUCCUAAAUUGAGCUCAACUGGGAAGAGCUACUGCAUAUGGAAAAUGGGGUGUUUGAAUGAAACAGAUGUGUCUGUUUUCUUGUUCGGAGAUGCAUACAAAAUGAACUGUAAGGAGCGCGUAGGGACGGUAUUUGCACUUUUCAGUGCUGGAGUAAGGAAGGAUGCUGGGGGGAAGGGGUUUUCUCUGAGUGUUUAUUCAGCCAGUCAAAUGCUCAAGAUGGGGACGUCUGCCGACUAUGGCAUCUGCAAAGGCAAAAGAAAAGAUGGGAUGGCUUGCACAAUGGUCAUAAACAAAUGUCAAGGAAUAUACUGUAAAUUCCACUCAUCAAAAGCUUCCCAGAUGUAUACUUCCAAGCGAUCUGAGCUCAGGGGUGGGAACUUACAAACUGCAUUCAAGCGUGAGGCAAAAGGAAUUUAUAUGGUUGAUCCUUUAGCUGAGAGAUCAAACUCGAGAAAGCCACUCCAGCCAGUGAAAGUGAUGUCUAUUGAUGGACUCAGAAAAGCUUUGAGUAAAGCUGAUAAGGUGACCACCAUUAGCCACUCACAGGGAAUCAGGUUUCUUACACACGUCACAGUAGCUCAGGAGGCAAAAGAUUCAAAUAAAGCAUCCGUACGCAAUCAUCAAUCUGAGCGUAGGCCGGAGAAGAGGUCAUCUUUAACGAAGGAAAAGGUAUCCAAGGCACCCAUACAACAUGAGCCACAAGCCAAAAGGAGGAAAGUUGAUCACGCAUCACAAAACAUGAUUGAACUCGACAUUGUUAGUUCAGAUGAUGAACAUUGACAGCACAUGGAAGGAGGCCGAGUUGAACCUUAAUUGCCAUGCACAAGGUUUGGGUCACAGCACUUGGGAAUGGUGGUGCUUGUGCCAUUUCAAACACGUUUAGGUGAGGGCGUGGUUUUAGGUCUGCACUCACCGCAUGAAAGCAAGAAUAUUUCUGCCUCGUACUUGAAUUCUAAUUCCCUCUUUAUCAUUUAUCUUGUAAAAAAAAUAAUCUUAUAACUAUGUAAAAUCGAAUUAGAUGUAAGCUUUUGGAUUUAAAUCUGAAUUCGGAAGCCAGAGAGGUGUGAUUUGGA